UCUUUCAAACAGCUGUUUACAGACGAAGAAGAUAGUAUCCGGACUGACUGUUUAUCGGGGACAUGCCCCUAAGCUAGCAGCGAAGUCAACGACAAUUAUCAGUUAUUUUCAUGGUUACUACAGAAUGAAGAGACAUAAUCCACGACACUGCAGAUCUCUUUAAGGUGAGGUCUUUGAUUUUCUGUGGUUACCUUUGAGUGACGAGAACUGGAUGCGUUUACCCAGGCUAGCGUUAGCAUGCAGAGCUGUUAUGACAGAGUACAGCUGUGAUCACGACUGCUCUGCGGUGUUUUGUUUGUAAGUUUUUUUUUCCCCAUUUGAAACGUAUAAAACGGUAAUCUGCGUAUUUUGAAUCAUGUCACCUCACAGUUCUUGCGUCUAGUUUACAUCAUUGACAUUUACGUUAACCCAGAUGUUACUAACGAUUUGUAACCGACCUGACCGCAGCAGAUAGACAGGAGUCAGUUUUAAACGGAAACGACCAUUUUAAUGUAAUUUACCUUAAAUAUACUUAUAAAUUAUGAAUGUGGAUCUGUGGACGCUCAAAUAUAAUGGUUAUGAGAAUCCUGUUAGUUCAGGGUCUCCUGUAUUUUGCUCACCAACAGAGACAUUAUACCAGAUCGUGGAGCUGAAUUCAUCAUUCAGUUAACAGAUACCAUCAGGACUGUUACCAUGGUUACCAUCAGGCUUAUUGCCAUGACCAUCAGAACUGUCACCAUGGUUACCGUCAGGACUGUUGCCAUGGUAACCACUAGGAUUAUUACCAUGACCAUCAGGACUGUUACCAUGGUUCCCAUCAGGCUUAUUGCCAUGACCAUCAGAACUGUCACCAUGGUUACCAUCAGGACUGUUGCCAUGGUAACUAUAGUGACUAGGAACGAAAACAAAGUCACUGAGAGGCUAAGUGAGGGAGCUUCCGCAUUGGUGACUCGCUACACAAACCACAAGCCAUUUCCGUGUUUUCCGAUUGAGUUCACAUUUAUUUCCAACGCCGCACAAACAGACAGACAGGGCAAGGCAAGGCAAGAUGAUCUAUGGGCUUAGUUUGACGUUUAAAUCAAGCGGUCAACAAAAAAUACGCUCUCCCUACUCACCCCCUCUCCAUGCAGCCGCCGCAGCACCCAGGUGACUAUAUGUCCAUUCAUUCAAUCAUUCAAUCAACGCGCCUUGACCACACCCCCUCGUGACGUGCAUGAAAGGUGCAGCCCAGACAGUUGAUGUCAACACACACAAACCUAACCACUUCUGCAUAUGGCACCUACAACCCAGCCCCUAAUUAUUACCAUUAUAAUAAUUACACUAUGACAAAUAAAUGAACCACGAAAUCCACCAAUGUUCUUGUAAUAGUCCAUCAAUACAGUUCGUCAAUGUGCUCUUCUUCCUGGAACACAAGUCAAGUCUAGCCAAGUUCAAAAGUUCAAAAGUUCAGACACACAGCUUCACGGAGGAAAGUCAUGUCGUGCUGUCAGUCAGUAAAGUUAAUCAAACUGUCCUCCCAGAACGGAAGAGUCAGGCGUCCGAUUCCUGCAGAAGACAGACUUUGGUUAUGGGCCUUUCCAAGGAGCUGGUCUUGGUCUUGAUCUGCAGCCGUCGCACAAAUCCUCUUCUGUCUGGGAAGGUUUGGAUAACCCUUCCCAUGACCCACGAGUUCCGUGGUGCUGUUUCAUCCACAAUAAGCACAACGUCCCCUUCUACAAAGUUGCGCUUGAUACCAGUCCACUUCUGACGUUCCUGCAACUGUGGCAAAUACUCCUUAGUCCAUCGCUUCCAAAAUAAAUCAGACAUGUACUGGACCUGCCUCCAGCGUCGAUGAGCGUAGAUGUCAUCUCUUUGAAACUGCCCAGGUGGCAGGGAAGGAGAGGUUUUCAACAGCAAGAGAUGGUUAGGCGUCAGAGCUUCGAGGUCGUUAGGGUCGGUUGAGGCCUUAGUAAUUGGACGGCCGUUAAUGACUGCUUCCACCUCACAGAGGACAGUGUGCAGUCCCUCCUCGUCCAGAUUUUGAACUUUCAAGAUGGAGUUCAAGACCUUGCGCACUGAUCUGAUCAACCUUUCCCAGGCACCACCAUGGUGCGAUCCAGCUGGGGGGUUAAAAAUCCAUUUCACCUCCUUCUGAAGAAGAACACCAUUUAUCUGAGCUUGAUUCCAACCUCUGAUAGCCUCUCUCAGCUCACGCUCUCCUCCAAUAAAGUUCGUUCCAUUGUCUGAUCGAAUUUCUUGGACUUGGCCACGUCUUGCCAUGAAUCGUCGUAGUGCAUUAAUAAAGGCGUCUGUAUCCAGCGAAGGAGCCACUUCGAUAUGAACAGCCCGUAUUGCCAAACAGGUGAACAUGACUCCAUAUCUCUUUACAAUGCUCCUCCGGCUCUUAACCUCGAAUGGUCCAAAGUAGUCCACACCGACUCUGGUGAAUGGAGGUUUGUCUGGGCAGACCCUGUCAACAGGAAGAUCAGCCAUCAGCUGACACCCUGGGGCAGCUUGCAACCUGCGGCAGACAACACACUUUGACAAAAUUCUCCUUAUGGCUGUGCUGACCCCAGGAAUCCAGUAUCUUUCACGUAGUUUGGACAACAUGUAGUUGCGUCCUCCAUGACCAACUUGUUGAUGUAUGUGUCUCAGGAGAACGUCUGAAAUGUGGAGCUCUUUGGUCAGAAUGGCAGGGUGUUUUGCGUCUUCAGGUAAGGCUGCUCGGCUCAACCGACCACCAACCCUCAGGAUACCAUCCUCCGACACAGGAGUGAGCUUGAAGAUGUGACUUCUCCUUUUCACACUUUCGCCCUUCUGCAAACUAGAGAGUUCAUCAGGAAACCUCUUCCUCUGACAAAACCUGAUGAUUUCCUUUUCAGCUACCUGCAACUCGUCUACCGUGAGGAAACCUCUCGGUGCCAGGUCUUUGAACCCUCCUUUUCCAAGCUCCGAGGACGGUCUUUGUUGUUUCCCUGACUCCGACUGAGUGGACGCAGAGUCAGUCCUCUUCUGGCUGAGACCCCGCAGCAUGUUUUUUAGCCUGAGAAACCAAGCCACAGCCCUUCUCAGAUGGGUCCAAGAGGAAAAAUGAUGGAUUAGUUGAGUGGUUGCAUCCACAUCCUCUGAGGCCUGCACUGCAUUCACUGCCACACUGGCCUUGACUUCUGGAUCGUUCAGCAGGAGUUCGCCCAAGCAAUCUGGACUCACAGGCCAGUCUCGUUCAGGUUGCAGGAGAUAUGCAGGUCCUGACAACCACGCCUUGUUCCUCAGGAACAUGUCAACCCUCAGUCCCCUGGAGGCCACAUCUGCAGGAUUGCUUAGGGUGUUUACAUACUUCCACUGCGAUGGAUCUGACACUUUGAGUAUUUCUGCUACCCUGUUGGCGACAAAGGUACGGAACCUGGAAGUCUCAUUCCUGAUGUACUUCAGCACAGAGGUGCUGUCAGUCCAAAACGUUGACUCUAUUAAUGACAUGUGCAACUCCUUUUUCCAAAAGGUGUCCAGACGGCUUGCCAUUGUAGCAGCUGUGAGCUCCAUGCGGGGUAUUGAGACUGGCUUCAAAGGAGACACCCUGGACUUUCCCAUGACAAAGCUGCUGUGCAUCUGGGAACAUGCAUUCCGCAGGAGAAGGUAGGUCACUACACCAUAACCAUUAUUACUUGCAUCUGUAAAAUGGUGCAGUUGCGCCACAGUGACCUCACCAAAGUCUGGGGGUUUAAGGCACCGCGAAACCUGGAAGUGCUCUAACUGAUGGAGCUCCUUUAACCAGCUCGUCCAUUCCUGUGCAGCUGAUGGUGGUAUAGGGUCAUCCCAACCAAGUCUUUGCCUACACAGCUCCUGCAGGAUGAUCUUGGCAGAAAGAACAAUGGGACUCAGGAUUCCUAGAGGAUCGUAUACUGAACUGAUGACAGAGAGGAUCCCCCUCGUUGUCAGGGGCCUGUCCUGCACCAGGAUUCUAAACUUGAAGACAUCAGACUGUAUGCACCAUUGCACUCCGAGCACCCUCUCCACUGGUAGCAGGUCAUGGUCCAAAUCCAGGUCCUUCAUGCCCUUAGCUCUUUGGUCCCCUGGAAUUGCUGCCAUCACUGCACGGCUAUUGCUCAUCCAUUUGGUCAACUUAAAGCCUCCUUUGGCACAUACAGAGACCAGGUCAUGAUACAGUGCCACUGCUUCUUCCUCACUGGCCGUCGAUACCAGACAAUCGUCCACAUAAAAGCAGUGCAGAAUCCUCUCAAUGGUCUCUCGGCAGAACUGUUCUUCAUUGUCCUUAGCGCAUUUCCUCAAUGCAAAGUUAGCACAACUUGGUGAGGACGUUGCACCAAAAAGAUGUACCAUCAUUCUAAAGUCUACCAGGUCUUGGGUGCAGUCACCGUUGGGCCACCAGAGAAACCUCAGUAGAUCAGCAUCUUCCCUUGGCACCUUUACUUGGUGAAACAUGGACUCUAUGUCUGCCAUGAUCACUACCGGUUCUUUCCGGAAUCUGGCCAGGACGCCAAUCAGCGAGCUAGUGAGAUCUGGCCCUUGCAGCAGUUGAGCGUUGAGAGAUGCCGACUGGAAAGUGGCAGCACAGUCAAAAACCACACGGAUUUUUCCCUUUUGUGGGUGAUACACACCAUGGUGUGGGAUAUACCACAAUCUUCCAUCAGUACGUGCCAGCUCAUCUGAAGGUACUUGCUCUGCGUAUCCCUUGGUGACCAUAUCAUUCAUGAAAUCAGUGUACUGCUGAUGAAAUAACGAGUCCCUUUUGAACCUCCUCUUCAGGUUUAGAGCACGCUGCUCGGCAACCUUCUUGUUAUUUGGCAUGGUCACUGAGCUUCGCAGGGGCAAUGCAAUCUGGUAAUGACCAUCUACAAGCUUGGCUGAAUCCUGGACCAACUUCAUGAACUUUUGGUCCUCUCUUGACUGGCCAGGUUGCUCAUCGUAGCCACAUUCUGGGAAAUCUGUUCUGAACUGCUGCUGCCAGAGCUCCUCCAAGUUCAGGACUGAAAUUCUGUUAACGGUCGCAACAUCCAUUCCAUCGCCACUGUCUCCCCCCAGUGGCCCAUUAACAGUCCAACCCAAGAUAGUCUUGAUGGCAUACGGUCCAUUGUCCACACUACGGAUGACUUGUAAUGGUUCCAGUGCCCUUGGUACAUUUGUUCCAAUCAACAGCUCAACUUCGGAGUCGAUAUCAGGUAAGUGAACAUCUCUCAAGUAUGCCCACCUCUCGAGAUCCUUUUGACGCGGAAUAUUUCCUCUAUGCACCGGCAUGCACUCCUGUGUAUAGGUGUUGGGCAAAUCACAGUACGUCUCUCCGUCCAAACCGGCCACCUCCAGUCCCGUGACCACACAGCUGUUAACAACCUUCUCCUGACCCAUUGUCCGCAAAAGGAUUCUUGUCCUUUUUCCUGAGAGGUUGAGCUUGUUCAUGAGUUUCACUGUGCAGAAAACAGCCGUGCUACCUUGAUCCAAGAAGGCAUAAGUAGCCACUACAUGAUUACCUUUCUUGGAUUUAACCAAUACAGGAACUAUAGGAAGCUUGCACUCAUGGCCACCAGCCCCAGUCAACCCAUUAGAUACCAGAGCACAGCCCACUGCGGCGCCUGGUUCUUCUUCUGUCACUGGGUCCUUUUCCUUUGAAUGGAUGUGAAGCAUUGUGGGGUGUUUCAAACUACACACUUUGCAUGACAGGCGCUUUCGACAGUCCUUGCUGAUGUGUCCUAUACACAAACAGCCGAAGCAUAUUCCCUUUUCCCUUAAAAAGGUGAUCUUUUCAGUGUGAGUCAUCUUCUCCAUUCGAGAGCAAUACUCCAACAUGUGCCCACCCUCACAAAACAGACAGACUUUCUUGGCUGAUGAGGUUGUGUCUGGCCUCCUUCCUUUUGUUGCUGUGUAAUUGUGCUGUACAGUAGUCACUGUUGUGGCGAAACUACUUCCCUUUGGCCGAGAUCUAGGUUUUAAGCUGGUUCGAUUCAUGCCUCUGUUUACUGCUGGUGAUGAGUCUUGUAUGUCUCCAAAUACUGGGUCUGUUAGAAUCCUUGCUUGCCUUUCGAUGAAAUGGACAAUAUCAUUGAAUGUAGCCCUUUGGUUACGUCUUUCUUGUAUUUCACAAGCAGUUGUCCUCCAUCGAUCCCUCAGCUUGUAAGGCAGUUUUUUUAUUAUUGUCAGCAUGUUAGCAGGCAUAUCCAUUUCGAACAUAUACUGCACUUUGUUCAUCGCAUUUGCGCAGCCUCUGAGAAAUAGGCUAUAAUCUUGGAGAGCUUUAACGUCCUCUGAUUUUAUUGGAGCCCAUGACAACGCCUUGUCCAUAUAAGCAGCAGCAACCCUCUGUUCAUCCCCAAAAUGUUCUUGUAAUAGGAUUUUAGCUUGAGCAUAGCCCCUGUUUGGGUCCAUAUGCUGGCAGCUUCUCACAAGAUCUCUUGGACGACCUCUAGUGUAUUGCUCGAGGAAGUACAGGCAAUCACUAUGACUGUUGGACUUGCUUUCAACGCAGUUUUCAAAGGCUCUCAGGAACGUAUGGAACUGCAGUGGGUCACCAUCAAACACCUGGAUGUCUCUUUUAGGCAAGAGCGCAUGUUGCUGCUGUUGUAUCAGUAGUGUUGUAAUUUCAUUCUGUCUUUUCAUGAUGUCAAGAACAUUGUUUUGCUCCCCAUGACUUGCUGAAUCCCCAACAUUAAGACUGAUUCCAUGAUGUAAGUGAUCAUUAUGAGCAUUGAGCAGAGGAUUAAAAUCAGGUAAGUGGCUCUUCAAAGUGGGAGGCUGAAAGUGAGCAGCAUGGGUCGAGCCAUCUGAUUUAGGCCUUGUCACAGGGUCACGGUCCAUGAUUUUCGAUUGCUGUUUAGAUGUUUCCAGCCUCAGAGGAAUGAAAGGAGUGGCAUUGACAUUGAACUUUGUUGUUUCUUGUUCAUUUUUAACGUAGGAAUUCAUUGCAUUGGACUUGUCUGUUGUAGUACUUUUUGAACCAGAUAUGCUUGCAGCCCUUAGAACGCUCACUUUAGCCAAGUGUGCAGCAAUCUCUUCAUCCAACUUGAGCUUUUCCUUGCGUUUCCGUAUUUGCUGCUCCUCCUCUUCCAGUGCAUGUCUGUCCUGUAAAAGUUUUUGCCGUGCCAUCAGUGCAGCUAAAUCAGCUUCUGCCUUGAUACGAGCAGAAGAAGUUCCUGAUACGUUGGACCUUUUACCACUCCCAGAGCUUUUUCCACUCACAGCACUUUUUGCAGAUCGUUUGCUUUGCACAUUUGAUAUGCUAUCACUUGGGUUCACGUCAUCCUGUAGACCUUUAUAAGGUGUGAUGGGGCCUGUGUCCAAUGCUGCUGCCUGUAAAGCAUCAUCCAUUUGAGGGUCACACACAUGCUUUGUUGCUGCGGCCUCAUCAUUAUCCAUGAUAUUUAGAACAUGUUCAUUCUCAUCCAACCACUGAGUCACAUCAUCCUUGAAUGUACUGCUGUAACGUUCAAUACUGGAGAACCAAUCAUUCUGUUUAAGUUUUUCAUCCUCAGGUAACAGUGGAAUUAUUGUUUGAUGCAGGUUGAUAGCAGUAUCAAGGAGCUGAGUAAUAGUUUGCAAGUGAGAUUUCACUUCCUGUACAUUUUCCUUUCGUUUCAUCAGCUCUUUCAUUGCAGGUAUUAAGCCUUUUAUUUUAUUCACAUGUGUUUUACGUUCAUUUUGUAGAUUUACCACUUUAUAUGCCAAUGCUUUUGCAGUAAGUUUCACAUUCCUUUUAGCAACCACAGUUUCAUUGUUUUCCACUUGUUCCAUGGCUUCACUCAUAUUGUUCUUUUGAGAUUCGGCAGUUCAGUGGUUCGGGCAGUGAAUCCACAAUACACCCAGCAUAGUUUUAUUUUUCCACAGCUUGUUUCACAUCAAUUAACAUCGGAAAACACCACAGGUAUUUACUCUCAACGAGCAGGACAGGCUGUCUCAGCGGACUUUCACAAACGCGCAGCGCUCCCCAAUGAAUGCGCUGUAUGCGCUGUAAUCAAACUGCGUUCCGUCCAACAUACACAGAAUGAAUGGAUGCGAGUGAUACAGUCCUACCGGUCUGAAGUCCACGUUGCGAUCAGUCUGGCGUUGCAGUUAGACACCGUGUGGCGUGAUCGCGUCCGUAUAUGCCGUUCGGGUGUUGGUACUCCUUUUUUGUUGACAAAAUAUAGUGACUAGGAACGAAAACAAAGUCACUGAGAGGCUAAGUGAGGGAGCUUCCGCAUUGGUGACUCGCUACACAAACCACAAGCCAUUUCCGUGUUUUCCGAUUGAGUUCACAUUUAUUUCCAACGCCGCACAAACAGACAGACAGGGCAAGGCAAGGCAAGAUGAUCUAUGGGCUUAGUUUGACGUUUAAAUCAAGCGGUCAACAAAAAAUACGCUCUCCCUACUCACCCCCUCUCCAUGCAGCCGCCGCAGCACCCAGGUGACUAUAUGUCCAUUCAUUCAAUCAUUCAAUCAACGCGCCUUGACCACACCCCCUCGUGACGUGCAUGAAAGGUGCAGCCCAGACAGUUGAUGUCAACACACACAAACCUAACCACUUCUGCAUAUGGCACCUACAGUAACCACUAGGAUUAUUGCCAUGACCAUCAGAACUAUCACCAUGGUUACCAUCAGAACUAUUAUAAUCUUAGAACUAUAAACUAUACUAUAACUUAUAAUUUAUUAGAACUAUUAAAGUUUUGAUGGUCAUGGUAAUAGUUCUGAUGGUAACCAUGGUGACAGUUCUGAUGAUCAUUGCAACAGGCCUGAUGGUAACCAUGGUUACCAUCAGAACUAUUACCAUGAUCAUCGGAACUGUUGCCAUGGUUUCCUUCAGUUUCUAGAUCAGACUGUUAACCAUAAAACUCUUGAUAUCAAGUUCUACCAAAUGUUCCACUAUAGCUGGUUUUUAAGGACAUCUGUUACUUUAGACUUGGGUACAAACAUCAAAAAUACUGAAUAAUUUGGGGACAUACUCAGUGAGGGAGUUUAGACCUGCUAAAUGCAUGGCUGAAGGAUACAGCUCGUACUAAGAGGUUUCUUUGACUGUUGGGUGACUGACUCAGACCAAACACAAGAUUAGCUCAGGGAUCAAUAAUCACAGUCUCCAUCUGGGGGUCACAAGCGUUCAGUGGUUCAUGUCCUCUGGGUUUACAUACAUAUGCUGUACUUUGCUCUGGAUAACUCUACACUCACUUGAGACCAAAUCUGUUAGUAUGAGCGGCUCCUGCAUGAGGUCCAGUAUCUUCAGACUUGAGGAAAGCAUCUUUUGAUGCCCUUAAACUAGGAGACCCUUGAGACAUGGUUUAAAAAUCACACAGCAUAUAAGUGAUAACAGACUGGUUUGUUUCCCAGGUGUCACCAUGCUCCAGGAGCCCUCCACGGCUGAAGAUUGACGCGUUAAAAUAAGAAGCUGCUGUCUCUUCUGCUGCGGUCAUGGGAACAACGAUGAGUGAGCCGUGUAUCUACGACAAACUGUCUGAGAGCAUCGACAUCCUCCGACAGUCGGGCUACCGUUAUGGCAUGUCAGAGAGGGAGAUCGAGAGAUUUAUCAAGCAGGUCCUGGAGACCAACGAGCCCAGGAGAGAGCCACCACAGUUUCCCAUCAUGAGAGCCACCAUAAAGGUCAGUGUGUGUUAACAGUUUUAUACUGAAUUAGUCCAGACCUAAUCAUGUAAAAGUUCUGAAAAUCCCUUUGAAGAGCAGAGACUCUCCCCAAUGCAGAUUGUGUGUAAAGCUCCAGUAUGAAUUUUUUUUUGAGCAGGGCUUGACACUAACUUUUUUUUUACAAGGAGCACACAAAGAACUUUAGGAGCACAAUGAAAAUUGAUCUAAUAAUGAUCAAUUUAUUCCUCCAGAGUGUGUCGUGGUGAAGCUCUCAGUGUUCCUAAUGUUUUCCUUCUUAUCUCUGCAGUUUGUAGUGGCAGUGGGUUUCCUCCUCAUAGUGGUGCUGGCCUUCACCUACCCUCAAAGUACCCCCCAGCUGGGUCUAGUCCACCUGGGCUGUUACAACUGGUCUUCGCCCCUCAGCCAUGUCCGCCUGCUGUCUCUGCCCAUCGCUAAGAAGUACAACCUGCAAGGUCUGAAGCUUUAUCAACUCUGAGUCACUCUCACAGCGACAAACACACAUGCAGCCCAGGACACAGUUUUCGGCAUGUCUCUGUGUUUGCUGCAGGUUUCCAUGAGUGGUGGAGUGCCGGCUCUCUCAGACAGAAUCUGGUGAACUGUUCAGGCUGUGCAGAGAUCUCCUCGGUGCUGGAGGUCCCAGAGAGCCUUAGAGGGACGGUGACUCUGCGCCGAGGACCACAGCUGGUCCUGUUGAAGGUCAGAUGUCGACACAUACAGGGUCCUUUGCACACAAAUAACUCCUGAACCGCUUUUUACAUUAGAAGUGGUUCAUCUUUACUGAUUUCUGCCUCCUCAUUCUGGUUGUUCUCUCGGGGCUCUGCAGGGUGGGGAGUCUCUCAGCGUCCAGCGGCAGCAGCUGGAGGAGCUCUACUUGGCUCACUCAGGCUCAAUGUCCAUCCUACUGGAGGAGGACGAUGGUCUGCAGAACCUCAACCAUGGCCUUCCCCAAGGACCUGCAAACUUCACCCUGCUCUGGUACACACUUCUUUUCCAUAUACAGAUUUCUGGAGUUAAGGAAUCAAGGCCACCUACCCAAGUGUUUUUCCACACAGACUUGGACCUGGUCUCUGAAAUGUCACUCACAUGUCUCUGAAAAGGAGUUAUGAAGAUCAGCAGUGGUGCUGAAAUCAUAUUGAAUGACUGUGUGUUAUUUUUUUGUGCGUGGUUUUGUUUGUGUAGGCGGUUCAGCUCUGGGACCAGGGAGAAAGUGUUGAGGUGGCUCUUCCCGAAGGCUGAGCUCUGCCCUCUGCUGGACAGCGCUGGAACUAUUGUGCAGCGCUGCCUGGUCACACACAGCACAAACUCCCAGAGCAAGGUGAGAACGCCGAUCAAGAUGGGAGCUCACUAACAAACUGAAGAGGAGGGAUCUUAAACUGAUUUUUGUGCCUGCUUUAACAUAUUUACAUGGAGACUGAGUGAGGAGAACUUGAUACAGAUGCAGAUGUUUCCUUGACUUUGGGGUGAUGCUUCAUUCUCCUUUAUUAUCCACCAAAAGCCUUUAAUACCCGAGGUUUUUAUGUAGUGAUUUUUUUUUGUGCAUUUCAGGGUGUCGGGGUGUUCGGUUGGCUGGUGGUGGGUGAAGGACUGCCAACGGUUCGAGUUCUGCCAGUUCAGCGCUGUCAGAAGCACUGCAGCUCUUUCAACCUGUGGCUAACACCUGGAGACAUGGGUAACGACCAAAACGUCUGUUUUUCACCACAAAAACAAUUAAAGUCAUGAGAAAAAUGGAGAAUCCAGAGUUAUUGAUUUGCUCCAAAGUAAACUUUGGAGUUUAGUAAACUAGGAUAUUUGUAUAUUUUGGUGUGAUUUUCCUGCCUUUCUGUCUGAUGCCUUCAUAUUACAGACCACUGAGAACUUUCAGCUGAUGAAAGUGAAGAUUCAGUCUUAUGACUUUAACUUUUAUCAGCUGAAACCACAAACUAGAUUAACUGCAUCAUUACAACAGCCUUUGAAUAUUUUCAGAAACAAGUUUUUCUUCUUCAGGCUUCAAAUGAAGCAGACACUUUGAAAGCAUCUCGCUUUAAUUGACAGCAUCUGUCUCCAGCUCUGAAAAACAGAUCUGAUCCCUGAAUGUGCUGCUCUCAGUGUGACUCAGCCUCAGGUCAGAAAGAUUUUCACAUGUUUCCUCUGACCUUUAACCCUACAGUGUACGCCGACCCUCGUUAUUGGCAGAUGGAGCUGUUCCCCGGUCGAGGACAGAACAUCAUCUGUGACGGGUCGGCUUUUUAACCUUCAGGAUCAGCCGAGUGUCGGAGGGCUGAAUAUGGAACUUGGGCUGAGGCGUUCUUCAGAGCUACUCACUCUUUCUGUGGCUCAGCCCACUGAUGCCUUAUAACCCUGUCUGGUAAAACUCCUCCCAGUGUCCUCAGAGAACUGGAAACCACUGCACACAUGACUUCAGCUCUGAAUACAGAAACCUCUCGCAGGUUUUUAAGGGCGGAAGUCAGAGGAACGUUUUCACUUUGUCUCCACAAGAGCAACAUCAGGCUUAUAACUCUGCAGCGCUCAGAUGUUCUGGAUGUUCAGUGCUCGUGCCAUAGCUUCAAGCUGAACUCUAACAAGUUAAAAUGAUGAACAGAAGAUACCGAUGGUCAUUGCCGAUCUUGUUGAUCUCAGUCCCCUGAAACCAUCUUUGAUUCUGUCUGGUCUCUGCUGUUGUGUUUAUUUACAUCCUUCUCCUUGAAUUCCAGCCAGCAAGAACCUCAUAGACAGGGUUAAAAACAGGAAUACUAUCAUUUUGACCCAGAGACAGUCACACCCUGAUUGGCCAAAUCACAAAAAAAUCCCAGAUCAGUGAUCAGUCCUAGAAGUUAAGACUUAUAACUUACAAACUUAAAGCUCCCGUGAGGAGUUUCUAUCUGGUUAUGAAACCCUGAAAUGAAUUAAUAACCUUGUGAUGACCUACAAAAGUAAACACAAUCAUCAGCAAUGGGAUAAGUUGUUUCUGGAUCUUUCAUGUUUAAGGGAUGUGAAGCAGAAAUGGAAAUGUUAAUGAUCAACUUGUUAUAAAAGUUUGAUAUUUCCAAUGACAAGAAUAAUGUAAGAUGCGUCUUUUUUCCCCCUAAAUCACAAGAGCCUUCGAUUCCACAGCAACAUAACACAUGUCACCAUCUAACCCUAACCCUAGCUUUGGAAUAGGGCUGUUGGGUUGUGAUUUAAAAGCACCGUUUUAAAACUUUUCCACAGCAGCGAUUCUCACUGAGUGAAACGUUUGACUGUUUAAAGGGAAGCAGGGUGAACUUCUGAUUAAAACACUUUUUAAACACGUACAGAUCAAAUUCAGAAAAGAGGUAAGAUGUCCCACUCUGCCCAAAAGCAUUAAAAUCUAAACAAACUAAAAGUCCCUCACAGCACAGAGAUAGAUUUUAUUUAUAACCUGACAUGUAAAGAUGAUGUCAGAUCAGAGUUAGAACUCUAUAUUUAGUCAAUUAAAUCAAAUAAAAAGAGUUUAUUACUGUGUGUAACUGCUGAAGGAACAACAGCUUUUAAGGAGGACUCACUAGUUUCUGCGGUGCACUCUGGGAAAUUUCUGUCAUGUGAUUCUGGUGUGGGGACCUCCUGGAGGUUUGGGCCUUCAGUUUUGUUUUCUGCUCUUAUCUGUUUGUUCCUUGUUGGGAAAGUUCAUCCCAAACUGAAGUUAUUUUCCUUCAGUUUUCAUGUUGGUGACGAGGCAAAAAUCUCUGCAAUAAAACCAGGAAACUUCCUCAAAUUAAACCAGUAUCACUCGAUUGUAAAGUUAUGAAAGUUAAAGUUUUUGUUUGGUAUUUUAAUUUGUAAUUUGGGUAAACUGAGCCUUUAAAACCUGUCACUGCUCAAACAACCAACCAGCAUUACAGCACUGUAGUUUAUUUUCAGCUUCAUCAGGAUCAGCUCCAGAUGGUUUCCUGAACUGUUCUUUUAUUGAUCAAAUGAUGAAGCUGCUUCUCUAAUUCCAGUGUCUUUAUUUAUUGUUAUGAUUGUAUGUAUAUAUAUGUUCAAGCCAUUAAUUUUAAUAACAUUGAUGUGUUGUAAUGUUAUUUGAUGAGUACCGACAGAAGUUAACAUCUGAUCAGCUGCUACUUUUCCUGCCCAGCGGAGGAUUUAGAUUUUGUCUCUAAUCUGGUUCUUGUGGGUCUGUGAAGAGUCCGAAUGAAUCUGAAGAGGUUUGCCAAAGUUAAUGCCUGUCAGAUCAUAGUAUAAACAGACGCUCUCUCUUUUUGGUCCUCAGCGCUCACCAGAGAGGAAGUCAGACAUUGGAUCAUGUGAAGUGGACGCUCUGCGUAGAAAUGUCAUAGUUUUAUGAGAAAAUUAAAACUUGUCAUGUAUUUGCUUCCAUCUGUUUGGGGUGUUUGUGUUGAUUUAUUUAAACGGUGUGAAUGUU